UCAGAAUUUCAGAAUAAAUGGUCAGAAUGAGCUCCACUGUGAGGUUGACACCUUCCACGGUUCGGCUAAUUCCAAUAUUCGCUAUAAUUAUUUUAUUGAUUUUUUCAUUCGCAGUAUUCAAGACAAGUGGAAUCGAGAGAUACCAAGAUAGAACUGAAAAUCCAAUGUACUACCCGAGAAAUCGAGCAGCACUUGCCGAAGAGGAUCUGAAUGAGUACAGUGUGAAAACUUUCAAAGGGUAUGUUCCGUUGAGUGAGCUUAAUGAGAAAGUUUACAAGCAAUUCGGCUAUGAAAUCAAACGCCCAACACUUCCAGUUCCGACACUUCGAAUGCUCAAUGAGCCAACUUGCGAUGAGGUGUUCUCUGAGUGGCUCAGAAUUUCGGAAGAACCUCAGCCAGACAUUCCACCGAAGGAGAUUCCUGAGAGACAGGCAGAGGACUUCUUGCUCAAUGGAUAUGCAAAUGUUGAGCCGUUCUACUUCAAUGACAAAAACGCAGUUGGAGGUGACAAGCCGAGAAACUGGAACAAAAUUUCAAAGCUGAUGGGUUGGACGAAAGACGAGAUUGGUCAACUCGCGUACCCUGGAGAGUCAGUCUCUAUGUACCAUGCCAUGAAAGGUCACCGCUUGGAUGGGCUCAGUGGUUUUGUGGUGGGAAGUAUGCAACCUUGGGUGGAGGUUAUGGCACUGAAAAAUGGAGCUAGAAAAAUUCUGACAGUGGAAUAUAACAAACUGGAAAUUCAGGAAGAGUUUCAAGACAGACUCUCCUCGAUUCUGCCGGUGGAGUUUGCAAAAAAUUGGCAAGAGUACGCUGGAAAACUCGACUUUGCAGCUUCUUUUUCAUCAAUCGAACAUUCUGGAUUGGGAAGAUAUGGCGACCCGAUUGAUCCGAUUGGUGACUUGAGAGAAAUGCUUAAAAUUAAAUGCAUGCUGAAACAAGGAGGUCUCCUAUUCCUCGGCUUGCCACUCGGAACCGACGCGAUCCAGUAUAACGCUCAUCGGAUAUACGGUUCGAUUCGUCUCGCGAUGAUGUUCUACGGGUUUGAGUGGUUGGACACGUAUUCUGGGGACAGUGAAGAGGCUUUUGACUUUAAUUCAGCACGGCUUCACUAUAAGGGAACAUUCGGGUUGACGCAACACACAUUGGUGCUCAGGAAACUUUAACUUCAUGUUUUUUUCUAAUUUUGGAACUUGUAUAUGUAAAUUUGUAUAUUGAAGCUUUUCAACUAAUUUAAAUUUCAAAUUU